AUGGCUGAUAGCAUUGAGGAACGACCUUCUCUCACAGGCGACGGGCAUGAUUUGGCAUCCCCAGCCGGAGCUGUGGAGCAUUCAUGUUUUGAGCCUCAAUGGGAGCCUUUGCAGCUCCCAGUGAGAGCACUGUCAGUCAGUGCGUCCUGUCUUGAGUUUGGACCUAAUGACUGUAAAGUUGUCCUCAGGCAAAAAGGCCAGGUUUUCACCCUCCUGGCACUCCCCGCUGCAGACGGUGAGCAGGAUUCUAAUUUACUCUGCCCAGUCAAGGCUCUUAGAGUGUACUUCAAGCACUCUAGUCUAUUCAGAAAAUCAGAGCAGCUCUAUGUUUGCUUUGGAGGCUGCUCUAAAGGGCUGCCAGCUACAAAGCAGAGACUUUCUCGCAUGAUAGUAGAUGCCAUAGCCCUGGCUUAUGCCUCAGAGGGUUUGCAAUGCCCUAUGGGUGUGAGAGCCCACACACCAGGAAAUGGCCUCCUCCUGGUGGUCGCCAUCCUGGCAUUUAUCUUAAGUGCUCCUAGACUGGGCUCGCAGAGCAGAUCACGUUAUGAUGCCACUCUAACAAAAGCAGGUCCUCCAGCACUUUACCAACUGAACACAGAAAGAAAAUAUUUUGAUGGGAUGGAUAGAAAGGUCAGACAAUGGACAUAUGGAAGAAGAGACAGAAACAAGCAGAACAAAGUCAUACUGAUGAUGGGAGAAACCGGCGCUGGGAAAACCACCCUCAUCAACACCAUGAUCAACCACUUACUGGGAGUGAAGUUUGAGGAUCAAGAGUUUUAUCAAAUCACAGAAGAAGAAAAACAUGAAGAUCAAUCACAGUCCCAGACAUCAGAGAUCACUGUUUAUGAGGUGUUUGUCGAAGAAAACCCAACAUCUCUGACCAUCAUUGACACUCCAGGAUACGCAGAUACUGAAGGAUACGAGAAAGAUGGACAGAUUGCUGAGACUCUGAGCAGAUUAUUUUCAGUUGAGGAUGGGAUUCUUUAUAUUGAUGCAGUGUGUUUUGUGAUGAAGGAGUCUCAGAAUCGACUCUCUGGAAAAGAGUUUUACAUAAUUCACUCAGUUCUGUCUCUGUUUGGUAGAGAUAUAGAGAACAACAUAAUGUUUCUACUCACGCAGUCAGACGGAGGACCUCCAACAGAUGCUCUCAAUGCCAUUAAGAAAGCAGAAAUACCCUGCAGAAGAGAUGAAGAUAAUCAACAUGUUUACUUCUUGUUCAACAACCGACAGAAAGAGGAAAGAGAUGAAGAGUAUAAGCAUCUCGACAGAUCAGAUUGGGAAAUGGGAGAGAAAAGCAUUAAUCGGCUCUUGACGCUCUUGGAAGAAAAGAACAGAAAAAGUGUUCAGAUGACGUUAGAUGUUCUGAAUAAGCGAAGACAACUUGAGGCCCGUGUCUCUAAUCUGAUGGAGCGAAUCUCUGAGAAGGAGUUAAAAACUGAAGAACUGACACAGAUUCAGGAUGCCCUCAGACAGAACAGAGACAAGAUUGAGAAGUGUGAGAACUUUCCGUUUCCAGUCGAGAGAGUUUUCAAAGAAAAAGUCCCCAUAAGUCCUGUAAGAGUGUGGUCAUGGUGGUAUUUGUGGCGAGAGAACAACUUGGCAACCAGCUGCUCUGUCUGUAAGGAAACCUGUCAUAAUGAGCAUGGUUGCUGGUGGGUGCCUUUCGAUAAAGUUGAAUCAUGUGAAGUCAUGAAAAACAACUACUGCACUGUGUGUUCUGGAAAGUGUCAUUACAGCGAACACAAAAAAGAGGAAACAAAAUAUGUGACAAAGACAGUCACUAUGACAUUUAAAGAGCUUGAACAGGAGAAUAAAAACAGUGGUGAAAAACCUAAAAUCACCAAUCACACAAAUAAAUAUGAAGAUACCAAACAGGAACGUGAAAGUAACAUGAAAGAGUCUGAGAAUAAACAAGAAAUAGAAGAAAAACUGAAGAACGUUCUGGAGAAUAAUAGAAAAGGAAAGUCUGACUUGCUGCAUGAAGUUUAUAUGACCAUCAUGAAUCUGUCUGAGAUCGCAUUAAAAGCAGACAGCGCUUCCACUCUUCAGCAUCUGGAUUUCUUGAUUCCCAGACUGAAGGAGGAGGGAAAAGAUGAAUGGAUAAGGAACCUGGAGGAUCUGAGAAAAGCUGGAGAAGAGCCGAAAAAUAAGAAGGCUUUAGAUCUUGUGAUGGAUUUCACUGGGAAAACAUUUAACCAGUUAAUGAGUUUUGUAACUAGUAAAAAGUAA